CAUCUCUGAUCUCUCAUUCCCUUGUGCUGUCGACAUUAUGAGCUAACUAUGCAUGGGCUUCAUAAAUACAAUACCCAAAUACCCAAUCCAUCCCUCCAAUUCAUCACCCGAAUCCCAAACAUUGGUCCGGAGAUUACUCAUUCUUUCAACCCAAAGCGUUCCCUCCACGCGACCUCCACCAGGCACGAGCUGCUUUUUUAUAUAGUCAGCUGAGCUCAACAACAACUCAGAUUUAACUCCAUUACUCAGUUGCGUUUCCAAGAUCAGACCACAGUGAAAUGCAGUCAUUGCAGGAAAAGGCUUCGGCUUGGAGCGGCGUUGAUGCUGCCGAUGCCUUUGCCAUCGACGAAACUAAUUUGUUCCAGAAAUUGGGACUCCAGACUUUCAUCAACCUCUCUACCCAUUUUUACACUAGGGUGUAUGAUGAUGAAGAGGAGUGGUUUCGAUCAAUAUUUGCUAAUUCCAAGAAAGAAGAGGCCAUUCAGAACCAAUAUGAGUUCUUUGUGCAACGAAUGGGAGGGCCUCCUCUUUAUUCCCAGAGGAGAGGCCAUCCUGCAUUAAUAGGACGUCAUAGACCAUUUCCAGUCACUCAUCAAGCUGCAGAGAGAUGGUUACAUCAUAUGGAAAAGGCACUGGAGAGCACCCCAGACAUUGAUGCUGAUUCAAAAGUCAAAAUGAUGAAUUUUUUCAGGCAUACUGCUUAUUUUCUUGUGGCUGGAGAUGAGUUGAAGAAUAAAAAACAAGAACCUUCAUGUAAAUGCAAACAUGGGGGCUGCAAAUCAGCUGCACCGUAAACUUAACUUAGUAACAGGAAUUCCCCCAUUCCUCUGUUGGGAGAAACCAUGGAUAUUACCAUCUAUGAAACUCCUCAGUAUGAUAGCGUUGUAUGAAUAAAAUCCCGAACUUUUUGCAGAAUUUACUUAAGAUAUUGAUGAAAAUGUUAUUGGUAUCAUAUUUGAUCUG